CCUGACUUGGGGUGGGGGCAGGGGGCGGGUGGAGAGAAACCAUCUGCCAGCGGAGACCCAGGGAACUAAAUGACUGCUGCCUCCAUCGACCAUGGGUAAGAAGCUGGUGAUGGCCCAGAAGCGUGGAGAGACCCGAGCCCUCUGCCUAGGGGUGGCAAUGGUAGUGUGUGCCGCCAUCACCUACUACAUCUUGGGUACCACCGUGCUGCCUCUCUACCAGAAAAGUGUGUGGACUCAGGAAUCCACCUGUUACCUGAUUGAAACCAACAUCAAAAACUGUGAAGAAUUAGAAGGCAAGAAGGUGCCCCAGUACCCAUGCCUUUGGGUCAAUGUAUCAGCUGUGGGCAGAUGGGCCAUGCUGUACCACACAGAGGACACUCGGGACCAAAACCAGCAGUGCUCCUAUAUCCCUAACAACCUGGACAACUAUCAGACAGCCCUGGCUGAUGUGGAGAAAGUCAAAGCCAAUUUCCACAAGCACCGUGCUUUCUACUGCUUUUCUGCACCUCAAGUCAACGAGACCAGUGUUGUGUAUCGGCGCCUCUAUGGGCCCCACAUCCUCCUCUUCUCCUUCUUCUGGCCCACCUUCCUGCUGACAGGUGGCCUCCUCAUUAUUGCCAUGGUGAAGCUCAACAGGUCCCUAUCCAUCUUGGCAGCUCAGAAGUAGACUGAAUCCCUCAGCACCGCACAGGGGCGUCACCAGGGACAGCAAGGGCCCUGGGCAGGGCUGCUCACCACUCUCUUCCUCUUGUCUGCUCUUUUGUUUGUCCAACAUCUUUGGAAAGCCAUUUCUUGUGCAAGAAUGUUUAAUAGCUUCCUGGUGACCUUGGAGGCCAAAGGGCUGUCCAUUACAGCUCCCCACUCUCUGUCACCAAUUGGUCCAUGCCCGUUACCUGCUGUGUCAUUGUCUACUAACCGGAUGAUGAAUAUUGUCACCUCUGUCCCUCUGUGCUCUCUCUUAGCUCAAACGCCUGCCUGUCACACCCAGGAUGUUGUCCAAAGUCAGCUUCUUUGAAUUGUCAUAAAAACAAUAGCUUUCAUUUAUAGGACAACUAGGUGUAUUGCUCUUUUGUUAAGGACAUUAAGUCGCACACAUAUGUUAUUCUAAAAUUUAAAAAUACUGCCCUCCCAUAUCCAGAGGGACCAGUGCUGCAACUCCCUCAGAUGGCAAAAACCCCGUGUACAACCUGGUGCAGGCUCUGUGUGGAACCUCUGCCUACCUUCCCAUGUGCCUCACAAAGUCUCUGGACGACUAGCAGCACCCACUCCAGUACCAAUGCUGUAAAUGGAUUUCAUACUCUAUUGUUUCAGGAAUAGUGAUGGGAAAGGGUCCAUCCAUAUUCACAGAUGACGCAGUUUUCCCCCAAAUACUUUCAAUCUGCAGCUGAUUGAAUUCAAUGGGGCAGAACCUGCUGAUGCAGAGUCCAGGCCUAUACAUACAAUAACAAAAGUCUGUGAGGAAGUAAACACAAACACAUCAAAAUAUUAACCGUGCAUGGUGGUUAAUUUUAAUUUUCUUCCUUACCUCACUCUCUUUUUUUGUUUGUAUUUUCAUUUUUCAAUAAUAGGAAGAUCACAUAAGCCUUUGUUUGAUUUUAAUCGGAAAAGCAAUACAUAGCUGUCAUUUUGGAAAAUAUUGAAAGGAGCUACCCUCAAGGAGAUAAGGGUGGACUGCGAGAAGGAGAUGAGGGGAGGCUGCAAGAGGCUGUUUCUCCUGUCAGACACAGGCUGGGAAGACACAGCUGUUAGGCUCCCUGCAUGGAAGAAAUACUCUUACUUAGAUGAGGAUGCAGAUUAUUUCAGUGUGUCCCCUAUAAGGACAGGCGUUGGGCACUUAACCCAUUUAAUGUGUGGAUGUGAUUAGGGGUGAAUGGGGUCCCCAAGAUGGCACCAUCAGCUUUACAAGAACAGAAAGGGAGGGAGAGAGAAAGAGAGAGACCUGAGGUAGCAUGUUGCGCUCCCUGACACUUUGAUGAUGCUUUCAUCACAUAGAUGCCUGGGGGACAAGGUGAACAACACCAUUGAAUCUUUGCAACCCAGUUGACACUUCUGCCCAGGGAACCCUGACAUCUGCGAUCGACUUCCUGUUUCUUUUCUGUGGCCCCUCCUUUCAAGGACCAGUAUUUCAUCGUUCCCCAGUGUGUCUCCCUCCAGGGUCAGGAAAGCCACAUUCUGAUAGUGUGGUUUUCAAGAUGCUGCUACUGGGGAGAUUCCAGAAUGUGUAGGAGGGCUCUCUCUCUCUCUCUCUCUCUCUCUCUCUCUCUCUCUCUCUCUCUCUGUAUUAUUUCUUACAGCUACAUAUGAGUCUCUAAUAUUAAUUCAUAUUCAAUUUAAAAAGAGAGAGCAAAGGCUUCAAGAAGCAGUCUGACUUCAAGGGGUUACUUGAUGCAGGUUUCCAGGCACCUGCAUUUGGGACUGAAGGAUACAACAAACCCAGAAUAUCUAGAUAGUAGCAGAGAAUGACACAUCCCUCUAAAAGAAUUAGUGUGUGGGGAUGCCCGCACUUCCCUGUGCCAUGCAUUAGUCAUGACGACCUUCAUUUUCUUGGGAAAAAAUGUUGCCUUCUUGUCAACAAGGACUGGCCUACUUCCAUCAAAACCCACACCUAUCCGUGCUCACAGAACUGCAUGGGCAGAGUGAGAGUGAAGUAAUGGGCAUUCGAGUGUGAUGGAGUUAGAUGUGAGGAAAGAUGAUCUUGGCAACAAUGGCUGACUAGGGACAGAGAGCCCUCAUUCAUCCUGAAUAGGUCAUGCUAAUGAGCGUCAGGUAUUUUCUGUACUUUUGCAUCGGUUCUCAUGGGAACCUCUCACACCAGCAGAGGUGUACCUGGUCCAUUGAAGGUGACCUCUCUCUUAAAUCAGACACCACGUAGAGAUCAGAGGACCCUGCAUUCUGACUGAAAGUAGGAAGGAUCUUUAUGAGACACCCUAAUAGUGCCAGGCCUCAGACAGUUUCAGCUCUCCAGCCAAGGCUGUGACUCAAAGAAAGUGGGUCUCUUCUAUGUUUUAAGGCUCCCAAGGGAAAAGCUUGCUCUUUAUAAAGCUGGAAGCCUGGAAGGGCAGAGAUGAGUCAUAUAAAUGCCUGCCUUCGAGGAGCUGUUUGUCUUCUUGCUCUGCUUUCAGCCCCAUCACCACCAUAAUUAAGGGGUCCUUUUUUUUUUUUUUUUUUU